AUGGCGAGCAACGUGACGAACAAGACGGACCCGCGGUCUAACUCGCGCGUGUUCAUCGGGAACCUGAACACGUUGGUGGUGAAGAAGAGCGACGUGGAGGCCAUUUUUUCGAAGUACGGCAAGAUCGUCGGCUGCUCCGUGCAAGGCUUCGCCUUCGUCCAGUGUCACGAGCGCAACGCCCGCGCCGCCGUCGCCGGGGAGGACGGCAGGAUGAUCGCCGGGCAGGUCUUGGACAUCAACCUGGCGGCCGAGCCGAAGGUGAACCGGGAAGCGGGGGUGAAGAGCUCGGCGGCCGAGAUGUAGGGUCAAUCAUCGUUCGACCUCGACUACGAUUUCCAGCGGGACUACUAUGACCGGAUGUACAGUUACCCCGCCCGGGUGCCGCCCCCUCCCCCCAUCGCCCGCGCCGUCGUCCCCUCCAAGCCCAGCGGUCUCCGGGAACACCUCCCGCGCGGGAAGAGCUUCAACUCCAAGUCGGGACAGAGGGGCUCCUCCUCCAAGAGCGGGAAACUGAAGGGGGACGACCUGCAGAGCAUCAAGAAGGAGCUGGGGCAGAUCAAGGCCAAGGUGGACGCGCUGCUGGAGAGCCUCGAGCGGCUGGAGCGGGAGCAGAGUGAGGGACACGCAGAGGCGAAGAGCGACAAGGCGGAGGAGGAGCAGGGCGCAGCGGCUCCAAGAAGGACGAGGCCGGGGGGCCAAGGCCGAGGGGGCAACGAGGACUCGGCCGAGGAGGGGGAUCUGCUGGACGAGGCUGAGGAGAGGGGGGACGAGCAGCUCGAGUCCAUCAAGGGGGACGAGAAGGAGGCGGGAGGGGAGGACGACCGGGACAGCGCCAACGGCGAGGACGACCCCUGAGAGCCCCCCCGGGACCCCCACGAGCCCCCCGGGGCCCCCCAGAGCCUCUCCCGAGCCCACAGCCCCUCCCCCACCGUGUUCGUGCUGUUGUGGCCC